CGGACCACAAUUGAACGUCGCGCUGCACGCAAGCUCGGGGCAACGCCGUGCAAGGAUGCCGGUGAAGGUCGACGUGGUGCCUCCGCCGCCUGCGAAUUCGAAGCAGCCGGGUGUCACCAAAUCCUUGCUGUACAACGGUUCACGCUUCCAAGGCUCGCAAAAGUCCAAGGGCAACAGCUACGACGUGGAGGUGGUUUUGCAGCAUGUGGACGAGGAAAACAGUUAUCUCUGUGGAUACCUGAAGAUCAAAGGUCUUACGGAGGAGUUUCCGACACUAACAACGUUCUUUGACGGCGAAAUCAUCUCGAAAAAGUAUCCCUUUUUGACUCGCAAGUGGGAUGCUGAUGAAGAUGUUGACAAGAAACACUGGAGUAAAUUCGAGUCGUUCUGCCAAUAUGCCAAAACAUUCAAUUCCGAUACAUUUGAUUACGAGGCACUUAAAGGAACGGAUUUUGUAUUUAUGAGGUGGAAGGAACACUUUCUGGUACCCGAUCAUACGAUCAAAGAUAUCAAUGGUGCCUCCUUCGCAGGAUUUUACUAUAUUUGCUUCCAGAAAUCCGCCGCCACGAUAGAAGGCUUUUAUUAUCAUCGUAGUUCCGAAUGGUAUCAAUCCUUGAAUCUGAGACAUGUUCCAGAGCACAGUAUACAAAUUUACGAGUUCAGGUGAAGUCGAUACCUUUCCUGAGAAUUUCACAAUAUUCGCGUCUUUUCUUUUCUAGCAUACAGAUCUCAUAAAAGAUUUCAUCUUAUAAAUCUUAUUAGAAGUACCGUAAUGAGUCUGAUUAUUAUUUGUGACACGCCCCAUAGUUCUGGGGAAGAUUUACAGUGAAAAGUAUUCAGGUUAUCCUCUUAGUCGACUAAAUUAAAAAUUGUUUAGAUCAUGAAAAUUUGAGUGCCUAUUUAGUGAGUGAUCGACUGCGGAGUAAUUAAUUUAACAUGAUUGAUUGUAAAACGAUUUUUAGUCGAAAUAAAUUACCUGAUGCAUAUCAUUUUAAAUUAUUGGUGUUUAUUAUUGAGUCUGAAAAAGGCUUCAAAAUAUGUUUUGUGUUUAUUGUCAUUGUAUGCAUGAUUCAAGUACAUUCAAUAUUUAGUCAUUUGGUUUGGAUCACUAACUGGAGCAAAAUAAACCGUUUGCAUGAUAUUAUAAAAUCGACUAUUAAAUUGUUUUUCCGAGCUUUGUAACAAUCAUGAAAACAAUUGUGUGAGCCAAUUUUUUUCGUUUCACGUUAUUUAAAAGAUUUAUGAGAUCUGUUUACUACAUUAGAAAAGAUAAAGUGUAAUUGUUG